AUGGGUGGCAUUGCAGCCAAGCUCGGGUAUACACAGCCAGAGGUGAAGGUGGUCAUGCUGGGGCUGGAUGCAGCGGGAAAGACAUCGCUGCUGUAUCGCAUGAAGCUGAAUGAGAACGUCAUGCGCGACCCCCUUUGGGUGGUUCAACGUCGAAUCCAUUCCAAACGUCAUGAUGACGCAGGGGCGCGGAAGAUGGCCCACCUGUACAUAGCGACGACGGAUGCGUUGGUGUUUGUGGUGGACGCGACAGACCGCGAGCGGCUUGAUGAGGCCGUGGAGAUGCUGGUGGAUGAGUGCUUGCCCUCCCUGAACACACAGGCGCCCAUCCUUGUUCUUGCCAACAAGCAGGACAUCAAGGGCGCCCUCUCACCAGCAGCACUCACGGUGGUGAUCGUCAUGGUGAUAAUUGUGAGGGGGGAUGAAGGUGAGAGAAGGAGAGACAGGGGUGGUGGCGGUCGUGACGGUCGUGGCGUGAACAAUGAUGAUGAAGAGGCUGACAGGCGGCGGCUGGAGGCGAUGGUGGCGAACGCCAAGUGGCGCGAAGGGGUGCGGCGGGAGAACCUGCGCAAGCACGAGGAAGAGGAGAAGCGCGAGGCCGAGGAGGAGGAGAAGGCAGCGGCAGCGCGGCGCAGGCGCGAUCAGGAUGGCGCCGACACAGAGGCAGCGUUCCUCAAGGACGUGCAAGCGGAAGCGUGGCGGUCCAGCAGCACGGCGAGUUUGGCGGACCGUGUGCGAAGGAACGUGCACUACAUCCAGCGCACGGCACAUGCCAUGGAGCAAGGCCUCAAGCGCUCAUGACGACGUUGUGUGUGCAUGACGACGUUGUGUGUAUGUAUGUGUGUGCAUGUGUGCAUGAUUGCGUGCAACAUGCCUUGCCACCAAUGAGCCCUGUUGUGUGCACACCACGGUUUGUUUCGUGUGUAGGACAGUUUAACGCGUGGAAGACUGCAUCUGCGUACAUGCAUGGGAGAGAAACGCAUUAUUGGUGAAAGAGAAUGAUGUGACACAUAAACAACCCUGU